AUGACUAACGAUAAACGUUAGUAAUAUCUGUUGAGUAUAUUCUGCUGUCGUUUGGCUUUGCCACAUUAUUUAAAUGUUGUAAAAAAUUUGGAAAAAAAUAUCACUAUGUCUUUUAAUUUUCCUUCUAAUCAACCCUCACAACCUUCCGCGUUUGGAGCACAGACGUUUGGUGCCCCAUCGUUUGGCAACCCUGCACCAUCAAGUUCUUCGUUCUCCUUUGGUACUGCAACUAGCAGCGCUGCACCAUUUUCGUUUGGAACCUCUACUGCUCCUCAGCAAGCUGGAGGUUUUCAAUUAGGGGCGACCAAUACUACUUCAACGGUCAGUUUUGGCUUUGGAUCAACACCACAAGCCACACAGGCUUUCAGUUUUACAAGUGCCCCUUCAAACACUGCAACUGUCACUACAUCAGGGACAGGAGCUUCUUUUGGAUUUGGAGGAUUUAAUGCAACAGGAUUUGGAUUGGGCUCAGCAUCAAGUGCACCUUCAUCUGGGCUUUCUACCAAUGUCAUAUCAACUACAACAACAGCACCUUCUCUUGGCCUUGGGGGUAUUAAUUCCACACCAUUCGGAGGUGAUCCUGCUGCAUCAAACUCACAAGGAAAAUCUGAUUCCAAAGCUUUUAAUGAAAUGCCAGUCCCUGCUGAGAUAGCUCAAUCAGUAGAAGAAUUCAAAAAGCACGUGAAAGAACAAAAAGCAAAAAAAGACGAGGUCAGUCGAGGGAGUAGCAAAGCCCCAGAAAAAAUUGGCGAAGAAGUUGAAACGCUGAAGAAUAUCCUCUCCAAUCUGGCCAAUAACAUUCAACAGCAUUCUGCCCUGGUUCACAAGCUGAAGCAUGAUGUAGCACUCGAAAUCAAAAAUGCUGAAAUUGCACAGCGUACGAAAGAAACAGCACCUAGCAUGCAGUUGGACAACACUGCGCCUCUUGAAUACUUUAUGCGUUUAGUGACCGAUUUCGAACAACGAAUGCAGUUUUACAAGCAACAAAUCGAAGAUACAGAAAGAAAUCUCUUGGCCAUGAGCAAACAACAAGCAUUAACACCUCAAGAAUUGAUGGGGACGAUGAAAAAAUUACACGAGGCCUUUGUGUUGUUGGCUGGACGUGUCCACGUGAUUCAUACCUCUCUUCAAAACUACAAAGACGAUUAUUUAACUUACAGACGACGGGUCUUGGGUGAUCCGGCAGAUAUUUUUGCCUCUAAGAGCCAUGUCCCUUCCAAAUCGUCAUUAGUUACUCAAUUGAACAAAAUUGGAAGUGGGCCAUCGCCAUUUGGAGGCACUUCGGAUCCGCUAUCUCGAACGUUGAAUCAUCUAACCAGUGCUGUUCAAAGUUCUGGUUCCGGCAUAGGUGGUGGCACUAGUGGAGGCCUGAGUUUUGGCUCCUCGUUAGCUAAUAGUAGUUCUGUUCUGCCGAGUAGUAGUGCAGGUAGUCUAACCUUCGGAACGCCAAGCCGAUCGGCAGGUUUUUUUGGUAGCUCUGCGCAGUCGUUGCAGUCCGCCAACUCCAGUUUCCAGCUUCAAAGCCCGCCCCCUGGCAAUAAAAGGAACAAGCGCUAAAUUUACCCUUUGCUUUUCUUCUUUUCUACCAGAUUCUUACUGUAAACAUCCGUUUUUGAAUAAACGAUCAUUUCCA